UGGUGCUGCGGUGCGGCACGAUUGUGUUCGCAUCCGAGUUUGUUGAGUGAACGAUGGUGGUUUGAGUGAACGGAAAGUGUCAGUCAGUGGACCACUGAGACUGUGCGCGUGUGAGGGGAAGAGUUGAUGCGUGCCGGCGUGCUGUGGAUUACGUGCUGCUGGAUUACUGUGGCAGCGCGCACCCGGCAAACAAUGACAGGCCGCUGGCGGUGACAGCGAACAGCUCAGCAGAGAGAACCUUGCGAUUCGGAUUAACGGACGGACGCUACCGAAAAUGAAGCCUCGGAAAACCGGGGUGACCCUCGUCUUGUGGCUCGCACUGGUUGCAGCUACGAUACCAGCCACUGUGCAAGCUUUCGUGUCCUGCUCGCCCAAUCCGUGCAAGAAUGGAGCCUCCUGCGUGUCGUCCAACCCAAGCGGCGAGUCGCAUUGCAACUGUCCUCCUCUCUACGUGGGCGAGUACUGCCAGCACGCCAAUCCGUGCCACACCGGCGGCCCGGGUUUCCGCUGCCAGAACGGCGGUACGUGCAACGUGGAGAUGAGUGUCACAAAUGGACCCAAGUUCUCGUGUAGAUGCCCCGUGGGCUAUUCGGCUACCAUGUGCGAGAUCAAGGUGCCCAACGCCUGCGACUCGCAGCCCUGUCACAACGGGGCCACGUGCCAGCUGCUCACACUGCAGAACUACACUUGCGUGUGCGCCAACGGCUUCCGAGGCAAGUACUGCGACAAGGUCGACCACUGUGCCUCGCAGCCGUGUCUGAAUUACGGUAGCUGUCAGUCCAAGGAGGACUCGUAUUCGUGCAUCUGUGCUCCGGGGUACAGCGGAGCCUCGUGCGCGGUCGACGUGGAUGAGUGCCAGACGAGACCGUGUAUGCAUGGAACAUGCCUCAACACCCAGGGUUCCUUCAGUUGCGUUUGUGAAGCCGGGUACACAGGACAGUUUUGCGAAUCUCAGUAUAUCCCGUGUGAGCCCAGUCCCUGCAUGAAUGGCGGAACGUGUCGGGCCAUCGACUCGCUCAACUACCAGUGUUCCUGCCCUCCCGGCUUCACAGGCACUAACUGCGAGACGAACGUGGACGACUGUCCGGGAAACCUGUGCCAGAACGGCGCCACCUGUCUGGAUGGCGUCAACUCGUACACGUGCCACUGCCCGCCCACGUACACGGGGCCGUACUGCACCAAGGACGUGGAUGAAUGUGCUCUGCGGCCCAGCGUGUGCAAGAAUGGCGCCACGUGUACCAACACUAUAGGUGGCUACUCAUGCAUUUGUGUGAACGGCUGGACGGGCGCGGACUGCUCAGAAAACAUCGACGAUUGCGCUGUGGCUGCGUGCUUCAACGGUGCCACAUGCCACGACCGAGUCGGCUCCUUCUACUGCCAGUGCGCCCCCGGCAAGACGGGACUGCUGUGUCAUUUGGACGACGCGUGUGCCAGCAAUCCGUGCCACGCGGGUGCCAUCUGCGACACAAGCCCCAUCGACGGCACGUACCUCUGUUCAUGCCCCAACGGCUUCCAGGGCGUCGACUGCACAGAAGACGUGGACGAGUGCGCCCAGGGCUUCCCUUGUGAACACCAGGGUCUCUGCGUCAACACACCUGGCUCGUUCCGUUGCAAUUGCACCCGUGGUUUCGCCGGGCCCAGAUGUGAGGUGAACAUCAAUGAAUGCGACUCGAACCCCUGCCAGAACGAGGGCACCUGCCUGGACGAGCGCGGCGGCUUCCGCUGCGUCUGCAUGCCCGGCUACCGAGGGGUGCACUGUGAAGUGGACAUAGAUGAGUGCCUGCCGAACCCAUGCCUGAAUGGAGGAAUAUGCAGUGAUCGCAUUAAUGGCUUUCAGUGCCUGUGCCCAGUAGGGUUCUCUGGCAAAAAAUGUGAGACCAACGAAGAUGACUGUUCCUCAUUUCCAUGUCGUAAUGGAGGAUCAUGCCAUGACGGAAUCGCCAGCUACACCUGCCACUGCCCACCUGGUUUUACUGGAAGUAAUUGUGAAACAAAUAUGGAUGACUGCCAAUCCUCUCCAUGCCAUCAUGGAGAGUGCAUAGAUGGCACAAACGCCUUCACGUGCAAUUGCCACCCUGGAUAUACAGGCCUUCUCUGUCAGAACCAGAUCAAUGAGUGCUUGAGCAGCCCAUGUCAGCAUGGUGGCACUUGUGAAGACCUUGUCAAUGGCUACCAGUGCCGUUGUCGUCGUGGUACAUCUGGUCCAGACUGCCAAUUCAAUGUCAACGAAUGCUUUUCCAACCCAUGCCGAAAUGGUGCAAAAUGUGUGGAUGGAAUCGACUCUUAUAUUUGCGAGUGCCUUCCAGGAUACACAGGUAUUCAUUGUGAAACAGACAUCAAUGAAUGUGCCAGCAACCCCUGUGCAAAUGGAGGUGUUUGCAUUGAUCUCAUCAACGGCUUCAAGUGCAACUGCCCUCGUGGCUACUUUGAUGCUCGGUGCCUGUCCAAUGUGAACGAAUGUGCAAGCAACCCAUGCCAGCAUGGUGGUACCUGUGAAGAUGAAGUCAAUCAUUUUGUCUGUCACUGCCCUCCUGGCUAUGGGGGCCAUCGCUGUGAACAAGACAUUGAUGAGUGUCAGUCUAACCCAUGCCAGCACGGAGGGAGCUGCCAUGAUGCACUGAAUAAUUACUCAUGUGCCUGCAUAGAAGGCUACUCUGGGCGCAACUGCGAAACCAACCUGGAUGACUGCAGUCCGAACCCUUGUCGCAAUGGAGGAAGUUGCAUUGACUUAGUGGGCACAUUCCGCUGCGUGUGUGAAGUGCCUUUCACUGGCCCAACAUGCGAGGUUGAACUGAAUCCCUGUUCACCAAACAAGUGCCGAAAUGGGGCACAGUGUUCGCCAUCUUCAAACUAUCUAGAUUUUGCCUGCUCUUGCAAGCUUGGUUUUACUGGCAGGCUUUGUGAUGAGGACAUUGAUGAGUGCGCCGUGUCAUCACCGUGCCGCAAUGAAGCCACAUGCAUCAACACGAAUGGCUCCUACGAAUGUGCCUGCACCAAAGGAUAUGAAGGGAGGGAUUGCCUGAUCAACACUGAUGACUGUGCAUCCUAUCCCUGCCAGAAUGGAGGCACUUGUCUAGAUGGAAUAGGAGAGUACAACUGCCUUUGUGUGGACGGCUUUGGUGGCAAGCACUGUUCAGAAGACAUCGAUGAAUGUGCCAGCAACCCUUGCCUCAAUGGUGCUACAUGCAAUGACUACGUCAACAGCUAUGCCUGUGCAUGUCUGCCUGGCUUCAGUGGCACAAAUUGUCAAACAAAUGACCAAGACUGCACGUCAAGUUCAUGUAUGAAUGGUGGAACCUGUGUCGAUGGUGUGAACAACUAUACCUGCCAGUGCAGUCCAGGCUACACAGGCUCAAACUGCCAGUACCACAUCAAUGAAUGCGACUCCCAGCCCUGUGCGCAUGGAGCCACUUGUGUCAAUCACAUCGGAUACCACACCUGUCACUGUCCCUUUGGCUACACAGGACCUCGUUGUGAGAUGCUGGUCGAUUGGUGUGCAAAAACACCUUGUCUCAAUGGAGCUACUUGCAAGCAGUCCAAUAACACAUAUCGGUGCAUCUGCAAACCUGGCUGGACUGGUCUGCUUUGUGACGUAUCGAUGGUCUCAUGUGAAGAUGCUGCAUCCCAAAAAGGUAUCAAAGUAACAGGCCUGUGUGAGCAUGGCGGCACAUGUGAAGAUGUUGGGAACAGCCAUCGCUGCAUCUGUCCUGAAAGCUAUGAAGGCAGCUAUUGCCAACGUGAAGUCAAUGAAUGCCUUAGCAACCCUUGUCAAAAUGGAGCCACCUGCCAAAACCUAAUAGGCCAGUACAAAUGUGACUGUCCAGAAGGUUUCCAAGGACUCAACUGUGAAUACAAUAUCAAUGACUGUGACCCUAAUCCAUGUCACAAUGGAGGCACUUGCCACGACCUUGUCAACAAAUUUGCCUGCUCUUGCCGUCACGGGACAGUAGGCAUUUUGUGUGAACACAACGUCAAUGAAUGCUUUGAAGGGGCUUGCCAUCAUGGUGGAACUUGCCUUGAUAGAGUGAAUGGCUAUGAAUGUGAAUGCAGGCCAGGAUAUGUGGGACCACGGUGUGAAGGAGACGUCAAUGAGUGUCUCUCGAAGCCGUGUGAUCCUGUGGGCACACUGGACUGUGUCCAGCUAAUUGAUGAUUACCGUUGUGACUGUCGCCCUGGGCAUGCUGGUAGGCACUGUGAGCUAAAAAUGGAUCCAUGUUCAUCAAACCCUUGUUUGAAUGGUGGUAUUUGUGCUGCUGGACCUCGUGGACCAAUCUGCAUCUGCCAAGAAGGUUUCCGUGGUGAGACUUGUGCCAACCAGAGCUGCACUGACAAGUGGCCAUGCCGUAAUGGAGGUCAAUGUCGGGGACACUCCUGUGUCUGCCCCCAUCGAACGUCUGGAAGCCUAUGUGAAAUCAUUGAAGAGGAACUCAGUAAGAGUGCAUGCACACUAGGGGCCUGUCGAAAUGGAGGCGUUUGCAGAGAAGUCGCAGGUGGCAGGAUAGAGUGCGAUUGCCCUGCCAGGUGGAAAGGACCUCGCUGUGAAGAGUAUGAUGGCGGCUACAGAGGAAGUCUGCCAUCACCUGUAGAAGGCUUCUAUGACCUAUUUUUGAAGUCCCUUGAAGAAGAAAAGAAGCAGUGCACAAUGCGUCGGUGUGAGAAGAAGGCAGGCAACCGUCAUUGUGAUGAAGAGUGCAACACAUAUGCCUGUGACUUUGAUGGUGGAGACUGUUCAUUAGGUAUCAACCCCUGGAUAAACUGCACUGCUGCCAUAAAAUGCUGGGAUGUGUUUAGGGAUGGUAAAUGCAACAUGGAAUGCAACAAUAUUGACUGCCUCUUUGACGGUUUUGAUUGUCAGAAAAACCUUCAACGUUGCAAUGAACACUAUGACACUUACUGCAUGAGGAACUAUGGUAAUGGAUAUUGUGAUCAAGGCUGCAACAACGAAGAAUGCAACUGGGAUGGCUUAGACUGUGAAAAAGGACCCCCAUACCUUGCUGAAGGUUCCAUUGUCAUCAUGCUUUCUAUUGAACCAGAGGUUUUCAAGAACAACACUGUCGCAUUCCUUCGUGACAUUGGGCAUGCACUGCGCACGAAUGUACUCUUCAAAAAGGACCCUAACGGUCAGGCUAUGAUUUACCCAUGGAAAGCAACUGAAGGUCAGAUGCCCAACCACUCUGUCCUUCCAGUACCACGCACUGGAACGCUUGUGCACCUUGAAAUUGACAAUCGCCGCUGCCUCAAGUCCCAGGGAAGUGAAUGCUUUCAGUCUGCUGCCAAGGCAGCUGAAUUUUUGGCAGCAGCACAGGCCAGACAUGCCUUGGAAACACCUUUUCAUAUUCAAGAAGUACUUGGCUCUGGUAGCGAGGAGGGCGGUGGUGGAGGCGAAGGCAGCCGUACUAGUGCACUGAACAUUGUCAUCGGUCUUAUCGGUGUACUAUUAGCUGGACUUUUUAUUGGUGUCCUCUUCACCACCCAGAAGAAACGUGCUCGAGGCAUCACAUGGUUUCCAGAGGGAUUUCUGAGCACGAGCAAUGGCCAGAGACGCCGCUCGAGACGUAAGGGUCCCGAUGGACAGGAAAUGAGAGUUGCUCAAGCAAACGGUGAUGGAUCACCAGAGGCAUGGAGUGAUGAUGAGGGGGAGCGACCUCCAGCGAAGCGUGCACGCAGCUCACCAGACUCGGGAUGUGGGGAUACAGUUGUCUCAGACUAUGAAGAUGAACGGGACCCACGACCAUGGACCCAGCAACAUUUGGAUGCUGCCGACGUCCGUCUGCCUGAAGUGCUGCAGGCACUCACCCCACCACAAGGAAGUGAUCUUGACCAUAAUGUUGACGUAAGAGGACCAGGUGGUCUGACACCUUUGAUGCUUGCAUCAUUUCGUGGUGGUGGUGUGGAUACUGGGGAGGAGCCCGGAGAAGAGGACACUGGAUCUGCUAGCAUGAUUCAAGACCUGCUAAUGCAAGGUGCCCAGCUUGGCAGCACUACUGAGAAGACUGGCGAAACAUCAUUGCACCUUGCUGCUCGCUAUGCCCGGGCUGAUGCUGCUAAACGACUUCUUGAUGCUGGAGCUGAUGCCAAUGCACAGGACAGCUCUGGGAGGACACCACUUCACGCAGCUAUAGCAGCGGAUGCUGUAGGAGUGUUUCAGCAGAUCCUUCUGCGAAGUCGUGCCACAAAUUUAAAUGCCAAGAUGAACAACGGGAUGACUCCACUCAUCCUUUCAAUUCGCCUUGCUAUGGAGGGUAUGGCCGAAGACCUCAUCAAUGCAGAAGCAGAUGUCAAUGCUGCAGACUCUGACUCGCGUACACCACUUCACUGGGCGGCUGCUGUCAAUGAUGUUGCUUCAGUGCGUAUGCUUUUGGCUCAUGGUGCCAAUCGUGAUGCUCAAGAUGUGCAUGAAGAGACCCCUCUGUUUCUUGCGGCACGUGAAGGAAGCUUGCAAGCGGUGCAGGCAUUGCUUGACCAUGCAGCUAAUCGAGACAUCACCAAUCACAUGGACAGGCGGCCACGUGAUGUUGCUCGUGAUCGCAUGCACCUUGAUAUCGUCGAACUGUUGGACAAGUAUGUGCCAAGCCCCCAUAUUUCAGGGCUGUCCAGCCCACCAAUGCUCCUGUCAAGCCCAACAGUCAUUGGGUCUACUAAAUCUGCCAAGGGCAAGCGACGACAGCCACUGGUCAAGAAUGGUGCAAACAGUGCCCUGCAGCAGCUUGACAUGUCAGCAACAUCACCAAAAACUGAUGCUGCUGCAGUUACUAUUCUGAAGAGGAGGACACCAUCUAUUAAAAAGUCUAGAGAUCCACCACCACUACCAGACGUUGCACACUCGCUUGACUCACCUCAUGAGUCACCAGGGGGACCCCUGUUUAUGCCACAAGAGGCGGUGGCAAGUUUUACUAAGCAACCACCGUGCUAUGAGGAUUGUGUGGGGCCUGUCUAUGCUGGAGUGUACGAUCUGCAAGCCUAUGCUAACACAGGUCCUGCUGCCAUUUCACAGCAGCAGCAGCAGCAGCAGCAGCAGCAGAAGCAACAGCAGCAGCAACAGCAGCAGCAGCAACAGCAGCAGCAACAGCAGCAGCAGCAACAGCAGCAGCAGCAGCAUCAACGCCAGACCUCUGUUCCUUCCAGUAUGAGCAGCUAUGGCAUGGCCUCUUCACCUGCCAAGCAGAGACCCUCACUUCCAACAUCGCCUACUCAUAUGGCUGCCAUGCGAGCUGCACAUCAGCACAAGUUGCAGCAAGGGGGCCCAACAUAUGACUACCCAGUACAGCCCGCCUACUACCACUACCCUACACCUCCAUCUCAACACAGCCAUGGCAGUGGGGCUGAGGUCACACCUCAGCACUAUCUUCAUCCGGGCGAGACCUACCUGACGCCAUCACCAGAGUCGCCAGGACAGUGGUCCAGUUCUUCUCCCCAUUCAGCACAGUCCGACUGGUCAGAAGGCAUUUCCAGUCCUUUGGGACAAGCACUGGGUGGAUCAGCUGACUCGAAGCAGCAGACGAUGCAGCAGCCAGGACUUACUCACACUGACUCUGUAUUUAUCUAAGCCAUUGUGCAGUGCAGACUGAAAGAAACAAUAUAUAUAUAUAUUCUGGGAGGUGGACUACUCUACUGAGCUUCCCAAGAACAGUGUGUGUUGUGCUCUUCAGUGAAAGACUGAUUCGCUGAUUAUCUUUGUGAUGGACUACAUGUAGACACUCACAAAGAUUUUAUGUACACAUGUUUUAUUUUUUUAUUUUUGUAGGUUUAUAGAUUCGCUAUGUAUAGAAAUGCCCAGUGGUGUCACUCCAUAUGUUGGAGGAAUGCUCUUGCUUGGUGAUUGAUUUAAUAAAAGUCAAAAGCAGGCUUCAGGCAGCGAGUGCCAUGGACAUGAGGUAGCUCUGUCCCAGUACAUUUUAAUAUAGUCAGCCUCCAACAUAUGUGUUGCGAUCAUGCACUCAAGUUCUAAGUGUUCCAUGAAACGGCUCAAUUUGAGACCAGAAUGUUAUUUUUAUACCAAUGGAUUAUUGCUUAGGAGUAAAGCUCAUAGGCAGGUUUCUGUCUAGCAGCAUAAAGCAUUAUUUAUGAUAAAUCUGUUCUGAUGCUUUGCCCAACUGUUUCAUCUUUAAAAGGCCUGUCCAUGCUUUACUAGAGUUUGUCCUACCAGUCAUCUACUUUUACACCAGCUUCUUAGUCUUUCAGGGCUCAUCAAUAAUAUUUUGCCACCAGAGUUGACCUUUCUGACAUUCUUGCCAAUUUAACUUUAGCUCACUAAACAGCCAAACUCUUUUAAUCACCCUUCUUAUGAGAUUGCUACAACUUUUAACGCUCCCUUGCUGCUCUAUUCCUCUAGCCUGCUGCUUUAUUAACAAUACUCGGAUAUAAGUCACUUUGCUUUCUCUGUCAUUCCACAGAUACAUUGCAGUAUCCUUGUUUGAGCAAACAUUUCCUUUCCUCGUAGAAAAAAAAGAAAGAAAAACACUCGUUAAAGUUACCUUUACCCAUGUAUAAAGCAAUGCUGGUCUUAUAAUGCCUCAUAAGCUCACCCCAUCAAUAUUGUUAAUUUUUUAUUAUGCAGAAACCUUGAAAAAUCCUCCCAAUUCUUCAGUUCUAUCAAUAUUUUUUACAUUACUGAUGAUUUAACAAAAAGUCCUUAAAAUGAGUUAUAUGUAGCUCGUGGUGGUGGCCAAUAUUAAGCCCUUUCUGAAGGAAUUUCCCAUGUUGCAUGCUGUGUGCUCUCAUUUCACAUCUGCUUGUCUCUUGAACUACUACUGAACUACUCAAGAUUUGCUUCAACUCUCAGACAGGUUUGGCACUGUCUUUUAAUGUUGUACACAAUAGUCUGUGCAAAGAAUGUUCAAAAGUGCUGCUUUUGUACAAUACCUAAAUAGAAAAGAGUACCGUGGCUAAUAGUGGUGGAGUCUUGCGGUCCCUUUAAAGCUUCCACUUUUCACUGAGCAUGGCUUCUAGGAACAUUCAUCUUUGCUUUCCAGAGCAUGAUAAUCAGGCACACUUCUGACUGCCGAAGUCACAGCUAUGUCGUUUUUGUUAUUUUAAUUCAGCUGUAAUGCAUUUGGUACACCCAUCUAUAUUCUUCACUUUAUUAACAGAUAUGAGUACACUGACCAUUGGCAAAGUAGCAGAUAAUUGUCCAUCAGAUGACAGUUGGUUUCAAAACAUAAUCUAGGUUCAAAUGGCUAGGCGUUUUUUUCCCCUUAUGUAUAGUUCUUUUUUUAACAACUUCAGCUCUGUUAUCUAAGUCCAGUGCUGUCACAUAAUCAAACUCUGGAAAAUCUAAAAGUCAGAAAAAAAUAAAAGCUCUGCAUUUUGUGAAGUGGCAGCUACCGUGUUAAAAUAAAACCCAUCUGUGACAUUGCAGAUUUCAACUGGAGACUUUAGGACAAAAAGUAUUAAGCAUACUUUUAAGUAAACAUUGGUUUUACAUACAUUCAUAUUGUACUUGCUCUGGCAAGCAUAUGCCAAUUUGCUCACAGUUACUCAAGAUUGUAAGAAUGUGCUGUAUUGACAAAAGUGUAGCUUAGGUUUUUUUUUUUCGUUUUAUUGUUAUUAUUUGUAAAUAAGAUUGUGAUAAUAACUGGUUACAGCAUUUCAGCUACUCUUUGUGACUAACAAUAAGCAGUGAAUCAGUAUUCAAACUUUUAACAGCUCACCCUGGUCAGCGCACACACAAGUGUAGCAGACACUUAAACGUACCGAGAAUCGUUAAAAAAAGAAAUGUCUCUUCCAGCCUUUUAAGUAUCUUCUGCAUGUGCUGAAUCUUGCUCAAUCCCGGAGACCUGCCGGUAUACUACAGUUUUGUCAGAUUAAGUACUCCAAUUUUGUUUAUCAGUGCCGCAUAGUUAUUUCACAAGAUGGGGCCAAAAGAUUUUUGCACUCUUGACGCUACAAUUCUCACUACUAACUGGCAACGCUGAUUGCUCUGUAGGCUUGUGAGAGGCUGCACUUAUUUUUAGGAUGCAGCAGGAAACUCGGCAAAUAAUGUAGUCUUAUGUGUACUUGUAAAUAGUUUUUUUUCCUUGCAGUGCCUCUGCCUUAAUGUAUGCAUUUGGCUCAUCGUAAAGCUCAUUCUAAUCCAGAGAGUUUGUUACCACUCAUUGAAAAUGCUGAAAGUGUUUUUCCGCAGUGUGAAAAGCAGGCUGGGCAUGAGGAACAUCGAAUGCACUGUACAAUAUGUGAUGUGGGACUAUGCAAAUAUAUAUAUAUAUAUAUAUUAUAUAUAUAAGAUGUAUACAUAUGUACAAAGUCCAAGAGUGCAAGAGCAUUCAGAACAAGGUGGAAACUUAGCAGUGCAUGUACAUGCAAUCCUGCCAAAUAAUGCGUAUGCCCAAUUCCCUUCAUUGCCAAUGCCAGAAAAAAAAAAUUUGUGUUCAUAAAGAUGUCUGGUUGGUCAUUUUCAUAUUGUUCAACAGAAACAUGCACAAUAAAGACAGUUCUUUGAAUA